AUGGCUCUUUCAACCGUUGACUCUUCAGCUCUCGGGGAGUUGAACAGCUCUGAGGCCAAGACGCUAUUCGACACGACGGACAAACUCUCUUUGCUGGGCAUAGGGAGAAUUGUGAAUCUUCCCCAAAUCAUCGUCGUCGGAGAUCAAUCGUCCGGCAAAUCCUCUGUUCUCGAAGCAAUUUCACACGUCCAUUUUCCGGUCCAAGAAGGUCUCUGUACUCGGUUCGCGACGGAGUUGAUUCUUCGCCCGGGCAGUCGUAGAUUUGUUACUGCCACAGUGCAAUUCGCCGAUGGUGCCAAGCCGGUCCGAAAACUGCAGGUUGCCGACUUCAACCAGGAGGAUAUCGACCACAUUGUCAGCACGGCAAAGAUUCACAUGGGCUUACAUGACGCCGGCCGAGACUUUUCCAAAGACGUGCUGCGCCUGGAGAUUGAAGGACCCGACAUGUAUCCUCUCACGUUGGUCGAUCUUCCUGGCAUCUUCCACAGCGCAACAGCAAACCAAUCGCCCGAAGGGAUAGCGAUUGUCAUGGAUUUGGUGGGGAGCUAUAUGAAGAAGAAGAACAGCAUCAUUCUGGCCGUUGUGUCAGCCAGCAACCAGCUUGCUAAUCAGGCCGUCAUGCGCGAGGCUAUGAAGCACGAUCCUACCAAGGAGCGCACACUUGGCGUGCUUACCAAGCCGGAUCUUCUUCAUCCCGGCUCUUCGAGUGAGAAUGAGUACCUCCAGCUCGUUACAGGCCAUGAGGUGGUUCAUAAGCUGGGGCUCGGCUGGCACGUACUGCGCAACCAAGCGGAUCAUGAGAAAGGUGCCGGCACGGGUACUCGGGACGAAGUGGAAGAACAAUUCUUCAACUCUGGAGCUUGGGCAUCUGUUCCCGCAGUCAACCGAGGCGUCGUGGCUUUUCGCAAAAAGCUCAGCCAGAUCCUUCUCUCUCAUAUGAAGCAAAGCUUGCCAAAAGUGAUUGACGACAUUCAUGAUAAACUCAAAGAGCGGGAAGGCGAGUUGAGCCGGCUGGGACGGCCACGAUCGACCCCAGCAGAUAUGAGAGCCUAUCUCGUGGACAUUGCAGGGAGCUUCCAAAGGUUGGUUUGUGACGGCAUUGAGGGCCACUACAACCACCCUUUCUUUGGCGGAUACGAUGGGACGCACCGCAAGAUUCGAGCUCAACUGCGGAACUUCAACCGCGCAGUUCGACAAGUGUUGCUCGCCCACGGUUCAGCACAAAGUAUCAUUCAGUUGGGAGGUGUUGUCCCGCAGCCACACGACGUUCCGCAGUACCUGAAAGCCUUCAUCAGCGCACAUCAGUACGACUUUCCUGAUCCUGAAAUCAUCACUCGGACCGCGUUGGCCGCCCAGCUUGAGCGUCAGGCUGCAGCGAAUCAGGGCACCGAGUUCCCGGGAUACGCAAACAUGGACCUUGUCAUCCAACUCUUUCAAAAGCAGGCGAAUCCAUGGGGCUCUAUUGCUGAACAGCAUCUUGCCAAUGUUACCUUGGCCGUCAAAGGGUUUGUGGAUGAAGUAUUUGAGUAUACUAUCGGCCCAAUCAACACAAACACCACAACCGAAGCCGUUUUAACCACCUUUGCGGAUGGCUUUUUCGACGAAAAAGAAGGCACGUUGGCCGCAAAGCUACAAGAGAUUCUCCGACCUUUCAAGGAAGGCUAUGCUAUGCCACUAGAUGAUGAAAUCCAGGAGGCCAUCGAAAGAAGGAGUACUGCCGAACGCAAGGCUUCUCAGCAGCAUGGUCUUGUACUCACUGCUCCGCUGCUUUUCCCCCCACCAAUCGUCGAGCCGCAGAGCAGCAAAGAAUUCGGGAUUGACCGUAUCAUAGAUACGAUGCAGGCAUUCUACGAUAUAUCGCUACGGACUUUCACCGACAACCUCAUCAAUCUGGCGAUAGAAACCUGUCUGAUCCGUGACCUGCCCAAUAUCCUUACGCCCAGGGAUGUGAGCAGCAUGAGCGAUGCAAGAUUGGCAGAACUUGCGGCAGAGUCUGAGGAGGUUCGCCAAUACCGGGUGCAACUCCAGGAAGACAUCACAAUGCUCAAGAAGGGACUGGAACAAUGUCGCCGGUACAAGCCGAGGGCGGUCAUAGAUUCCAAAGCCGAUGCUUCACCAGGAGCAACUCGACCAGAGGCAAAGUCACCCAAAGGCAACAGUUCUUCUACCGGCAAACCCGCCACUACUACGACGAAUGAUCCCCCGGUCAAUUUAUUUGCAAAGGUCGCCGGGGAGAAAGCGGGGUCGGUCCCGAUAUCUCAUGCGUCGCAGGCCAUGUCAUCCACGUCUCCUGCUAGCGCGAAGACUUCCGCCCCUGAGUCGACUGCUGGUAGCAAGACGGCCAAACCAAAGAGCAUCUUCGACUUUACUCCCUUUCCAGAUGCCGGAAGCAAGACCACGGGCUCGGGUGGUAUCUUUGGUUCUAGUCCCGGCUCUACUUCUUCGCCAAGUGCCGGUAGCAAGACCACAGGCUCAGGUGGUCUCUUUGGUGGUACUGGUAGUCUCGCCUCGACUUCUUCGCCAAGUGCCGGUAGCAAGACCACGGGCUCGGGUGGUAUCUUUGGUUCUAGUCCCGGCUCGACUUCUUCGCCUAGUGCCGGUAGCAAGACCACGGGCUCGGGUGGUCCUUUUGCUAGUAGUCUCGCCUCGGCUUCUUUGCCAAGUGCCGGAAGCAAAACCACGGGCUCAGGUAGUCUCUUUGGUGGUGGUGUUGUCAGCUCGGCUUCUUCGGCAGUUCCUGCAAGCUCGGCUGCGCAAUCUCAAGGCGUUUUUGGUUUUCGGCCAUGA